AUGACUUUUGUAAAGUGGCGUAGGUUAGCCCCUAAACCCGUGGACCAUACCGCACCACCAACCAAAAAGGAACCAAAAAAAAAAAAGUCUGCUACCAUACAACCUUCAACCUUCACAACCGCAACAUCUCACCUCACACCUCCAUCAAACAAAGACCGAAGACCAAUUCAAACAAUGGAGUCCCCAAAACUCUCCCCCGCUGUAUCCCCCCUAUCCACACCAAACAGAUCUAGAACGUCAUCCCGUGGCUCACACCUAACUCUCGACCUCUCCUCCUUACCACCACUCACUCAGCCAGCAACACCCACAAACACGCUUCUAAUAACCAAUCUCAUAAACCCCUCGAUCUUCGACUCACCCCACCUGCAGCAACUCCGCAGCGUAAUCGAGUCCUCGGCAACACUAGUCUCCUGGUCCCCGCUAAAGUCCUUCCGGCGGAUCGUGUGCUCCUUCGCGACGACGGAGGACGCCAUUAGUGUGCGCCAGGUGCUGGAUGGCGAGGCAAUCAUGGGAGACCGUGCACGUGUUUACUUCGGCGAGCACACACCCGUACAACCGGUGGACCAGCACCUACAGGCGCCGGAGUCGAAGAAGCUCUUCUUCAUCUCGCCCCCGCCCUCGCCGCCACACGGCUGGGAGCUGCGCAACGAGGAGCCGCCGAAUGCCGUCGUCGUCGCAGAGGACUUGGCGCGGGCGCUCGCGCGGCUGGAUUGGGUGAGGGCUGGUAAGAGUAAUACUAGAGACAGCGGGGUGGAUGGUGCUAGUGGCACGGAGGCGGGGGGAGUGUCACCCACCUGCCGCCCUAGGUCCGCCAGCUCCGUCGUCCUAUUCGAGCCGGAGGAGGUCGGGGAUGGCGAGAAGAAGAUGCCCGCCAUAUCCGUUGAUGAUUAUACCGAUUCCGGAGACGAGGCGAGUCCUGUUUCGCCGGUGGCUCCGGUAUCGCUACACACGGCCAGACCACCCGUCGAGCUUAUUCAGGACGCUUAGAUUUACUUGCUUUCUUUCCUUUCCCUUUUUUUUUUCUUUUGCUUGCAUCAAAUUUUUAAUAUGGAUGGAGCGGUUGUGGGUUCUAUAGUUAACUGAGGUGGAUGGAAGGGCGUCUUUCAGGUGUUUUAACUGAUGUUUUGUCUUUUCUUUUCUUUUCUUUUCUCUUUACGGGUGUCCGGGGGGGUGUACUCGGGGUGGGGGUGAAGUAUUGGGACAAGCAGGGGGCUUGAUGUCUGUGUGAAUUACUUGAAGUGGGAUUGAAGAUACCAAUUUGAGUAAUUUGCACAGACAUCUAACCCCCCUGCUCGUCCCAAUACUUUCCCCCUACCCUAGUAUUCGUGCAAGACAAGGAUUGUUUUGCUCGUUCACUACCCCUGUCUUGUACGAAUACAUCUCUCCGGGUACCGUACUCGUAGAGUCAAAGCGUUUUUAAAAAGGACUGCUAUUGCAUACCGCCAAGACUUGGCCAUUUUGUUUGGAUCUGGGUGGUAUGUGAUAGUAGCUCUUUUUCAAAGCACUUCUACUCUACGAGUAACUAUACACAUUUUCCUGUUUUUCUCUUCUUCUGCAAGAUGUAGAACAGGAAAUGCGGAUUAUUACUAUUGGGUUCGGUCUAGUCUAGUCUAGUCAGCGGAUAAGGGAGUUUUCUUUCCUUUCCUUUUCCUUUUGUUUGUUCUGCAUCCCUCUCUUUUUCAAUCUUUUAUCCCAAUCCAGUAAAGUACAGUACAUCAUUAACCCUCCAACUCAGUAAAUAUUUUUUCCUCCUUCAAAA